AUGUUGCUGCAACCUGCGCAGACCGAGAACUUCGACAAGUUCACACGCGCAGAGCAGCAUGCCCUUUGGUGCACAUUCUUCAGGAAUCGCCUGGUCGAGGAGGAGCUGCUGCCUGUUCUUCGGAAGCACGGCGUGUCCUUUGUGGCUUACAACCCCCUUGCAGCUGGGCUGCUCACUGGGAAGCACACGGACAGCGAGAACGUGCUGCCAGGUCGUUUCAAGGAGAAUCAAAACUACCUUCCCCGCUUCUACACCAAGCCGAACUUCGAGGCCCUCGCUGGCAUUCGCAAGGAGUGCGCCGAGGCUGGCAUCUCAAUGGUCUCCGCUUCCUAUGCCUGGCUCCUGCGCCACUCCGUGCUGAGCGCGGAGAAGGGCGAUGGCCUGCUGAUUGGUGCUUCCUCCUUGGCCCAGCUUGACGAGAAUCUCAAGGCGUGCUUCUCACCCCAGCAGUUGCCACCAUCCCUGGUCUCGGCGUUUGAUGCUGCCUGGCCACUGGUGAGCCGAGGCGGCGACGUCUUCCCCUACUGGCGCUCCUACUCGAAGGACCAGCCGGGCAGGGACACGCUUCACCCCGGCGCUUCCUACUCGGCGGCGAAGAAGUAG